UGAAGCCGCGUUGCACACGGGUGGGAGAGCAUGGAGGCGGCGGCCGGGCCGGGCUGGAGCGGCGUCUGCCCGGCUCCGGGGGGCGAGGGCGACACCGAGCCGGGCCAGGGGUCCUCCGCGGCCGGGAGAGCCCAGGGAUCACAGGGCAGCUGGUCGGGUGCGGCUGGCGGCAACUGGAUCACGGCUCACCCCGCGUUCACAGAAAUGAUGUCACUUGAUGUGUCUGACAGCACUCAAGUCUAUGCUGCCUUUUUGGUGUACCUGGACCUCUUAGAAGGGAGGAGCUGGCACGAGGUGCAGCCGGUGGGAGUGGCAGAGCUGCAGCUGGUGUGUUUGCACGCCCGUGCCAGGGAGCAGGAGGGGCUGCAGGUGAUGGUGCCAGUGCCUGCACACAUCCUGAUCAGCCACGACAGGUUAAGGGAAAUACUGAAGAAAGCAGCUCUCCCUCCAGAGGAUCCUGACACCCUGCUGUCAGUUACUUUGGCCAUAGUUGAGACAGACUCCACAAUAGUCUACUAUAAAAUGACUGAUGGCUUUGUAAUGCCAGAUCCUCCUGAUGACACUGAAGAUGUGGAUAAUAAGCAGUGGAGGAAGAAAAGAAAGAAACCUUUCAAAUGAUUGGGACAGAGGAAACAAAACAUUUCUUGAACUCCUGUGCUCAAACCCAAACAAAUGCAGGAACUGAUGUGUAUGAAUAAGUGGUGUGCUAAAGUCUUGGCAUAGCAAGGAUGUGUUCAGGGAGAACAGAGGCUUGUGCAGCUGCUCUGUGAUGAAUGCUGUUUGAGGUAUGAAGUAGGUAAUGCUUUGACACAGAUCAGUCCUGACUAAUAAAUUCACUUGGGAAGUGUU